UUGCAGGAGGCCGCAGUCGGAGAGACACUCUUCACUCCUCAUGAAGGACAGCCUAUAGUGGCUUUUCCAGGGUUCAAACCCAUCAAACCAACCGUUUAUGCGGGACUAUUUCCGGUGGAAACAUCUGAAUAUGAGGAUCUCAAGCAGGCCGUCGACCGUCUCAGCCUCAACGAUCCUUCAGUAGUGAUCAUUCCCGAUUCCAGUCCAGCACUAGGCUUGGGAUGGAAAAUGGGAUUCCUCGGUGUGUUACAUAUGGAGGUUUUUGGUGCUCGACUGGAUCAGGAGUAUGGGACCAGUGUCAUUCUCACUCAACCUUCCGUAGAAUACAGAGCCAUUGUAAAGGUGAAAAGAAUGCUCUUAUGUUCACUUUCUUUCGUUCUGAGGAAAUGA